GUCUUCUUGAUUUAAAGUAGCUGAAUAUAAAAACCUUGGACCUGAUAAAUGUUUCUUUCGAGUUUCAGAGUGUAACCGGCAUUAGGAAUCGGAAUCUGAUUUUAGGAUUUAGUUGUAGGUGGUAUUUUGUUUACCGUGGAGUGCCUUUCUCGUGCAAUCUGGAUCAUCAUUAAAGAAUAAGGAUUUGAGUUGUAGCACACUAAAUCACCAGUUGGUUUGUACAUUUUUUUUUUUUGUUCUCAUCAAUCGUUUCUCCCUUACUCGUUUAUGUAAUUGCGAUUGUGUUUGUUUGAUAUUUCUCUAGUUUUACUUUAUUUGUUCAUACAUAUCUCAUCCACCUUGUGUUCUCUUCCAGAGAAUCUAUAGGAUGCAGUCUUAUCCUAAAAUUUCUUACCCCACUGUUACGCUCGCUGUGUAUUUGUUUCUGCUUUUGCAUAAAAAGUGCUGUACUUGUUAGCGAUGGGUCACAAAUGUUUUAAGGUCAUCAAUGUUUGCAUCUGCGGAAAUGACGCUUCAGUGGUUCGUUGUGGCACUGAUUUUAUAUUUAGAAAUAGCGGUUGUACUUUUGUUACUUUUACCUUGGAUUCGUCCAACAUUAUGGAGUAAAUUCUUCAAAAGUCGCCUCGUGAAGACGUUCGAAAAACACGCAAAUGUUUACUUCAUUUCUACUCUCUGUAUCCUUUUGCUUCUCUUUGCAGAUGCUAUUCGAGAAGUGCGGAAAUAUGCAGGUGAAGUCGCAAUAGAGGCUUCAAUUCGUCAUACUGCAGAUUCAGAAAAUGUUGUCCAUAUGCGGCUUUUCCGUGCUCAACGAAAUCUUUAUAUUUCUGGAUUUGCACUUUUGCUUUUCCUAGUUAUUAAACGGAUAGUUGCACUUCUUUCUCGUGGAGCAUUGCUUGAAGCCGCUGCUGAAGCUGCAAUGAAGCAAGCUGAAAGUGCAUCCAAAACGGCAAAAUCUUACAUGUAUGGCGAUAACGAAAGGGAAAAGGAACUAGAGCGACAAGUUGAAGAGCUCGGCAAAGAACUGAAAUCAGCACAAGUGGAUAGAGAUACUAUGAAGGAGCAAACGGAGGGUCUUCAACGAGAAUAUGACCGCGUUUGCGGCUUGCUUAAGCAGGCUGAGAAAGCGAGUGGAGACAAGAAAGAAGAUUGAUGUUGUGCGUGCAUUUAUUACCAGCUGCAUAGAAAUAUGAUGAAGUAUAUAUUCAAUAUUUCUUUUCAUUUGUAUUGUUUUUUUUCGAAAUUACCCUUAGGUUAUUUUUAAAAAUAGUACCAUUUAAUUCUUGCUGAAAUAUUUACGAGCGGAUAGCAGGGGACUGCCGAGCAUUUAUGUUUAAAAUUAAAACUAAAAUGUGUUUAAGAUCGGUGGUUCUACCUGCUUAAUCCAUUCAGUUGUUAUCUUUAUUGGGCAGAUCUUUUCCUCACACUUUCUUUUGAAUCUCUCAGUUCAUUAUUUUUACGGUACUAUGUGUUUCCAUUUUCUUGAAGCAGACAUAGGAGGAAGCCAUUUUUUCAGUGACUAUUUAGUGGUAGGUCAUGUUCCCAACCGUUUUUACUUUUGAGUUUAUCGAUGAAUUCAUUGUGAUCUGUGAACUUCAGUUAUGGUAGUUUAUCGAUUGUACUUCAUAUGUCCCGACUGUUGAUUUGCAAUCUGGGUUACUUAAUUCUUUGCUUCCAGUGUCGUGUCUUUUAAUUUGCUAUAUAUUUUACGUAAAUUCCGGCAUUUUACGAAUAAACUUUGACA